UUUGUCUAUGUGUGCCCUGCCAUUGGCUGGCUAGCAACCUGUUCAUGGUGUACCUCGGUUGCUGCCUGAAGACACCUGGGAUAGGCUAUGCCGCUACAGCAUGCCUGCAACCCUCUGAGUAAGUGUCACUUAGUGCCAUUUAAUUGUUUCCCUCCUUGAGAAAUAUUUAACAUAAUUAGUGUCUUCACACAAAUGAUUAUUAACUAAUAACAAGGGGGAGCAAUGACCAAUAACCAAAAAGUACCUCUCAGUUUCAAAAAAGGUGGUGAUCCCGGGCUGUUCCACCAAUUUGAGGGCCAAAGCGGCGUUUGUAUUUGCCAACUCGCGGACCCACGCCCAUGGAUUUCGUCCACGCAUGCGCACUGACGGCCCUUCUGUCAAAAAUGGCUGUGCUUUGGAAGCAGGAAAAAUGCUGAAUUGUGUUGGCACAGCUCGGGAAAAGCGGCAGACAUGGCUAGAUUGGCUGACUACUUUGUUGUUGUGGGAUACGAUCAGGAAAAAGCCGGUUCUGGAGAGGGAUGUGGGAAGAUUCUUCAGCGAUUCCCCAAGAAGGAUUGGGAUGGGACAGCCUUCCCUCAAGGGGUGGAAAUGUUCUGCCAGCCAGGAGGUUGGAAGCUGUCCAGAGAGAGGAAAGCACCCACCUUCUUCACUGUCGUGCUGACGGAUAUUGAAUCAGACAGACACUACUGCUCCUGCCUCACUUUUUAUGAGGCUGAAGUCAAUCUGCAGGGAUCUAAAAGUAUCGAGGUUGACGAAGAUGAAGAGGUGGAAGAGGAUUGCUUGAUCCAGCCAGCUCAAGUGUUUGCUCCAAAAAGUCUCAUUCUCGUGUCGAGAUUGGAUCAUCCAGAAAUAUUCAGGGGUUGUUUGGGACUUAUCUACACCGUGCACAUUGAUAGCCUUACUGUCCCUUUAGAGGGUUUGGUGGCCAAUCUGUUUAUAUUUCACGUCCCUGUGGCUGGUGGAUCCCAGAAGCUAUUUAGCCUGGGAGCAGGUGACCGACAACUAAUCCAGACGCCUCUGAAUGACACAUUACCUGUCACAUGCAAGAGUGUCGCUCUGCUCUUCCAGCAGCUAGGUAUUCAAAAUGUUUUGAGCCUGUUUUGUGCAAUACUGACCGAGCACAAAGUUUUGUUCCACUCCACGAGUUACCAGAGGCUUGGGGAGGCGUGUCGCGCUUUGGAAGCUCUUAUGUUUCCCCUCAAAUACAGUUAUCCCUACAUCCCCAUCCUGCCGUCACGUCUACUGGAGGUGCUCAGCUCCCCGACCCCCUUUAUCAUCGGCGUGCAUUCCAUGUUUCAGAGUGAAAUCCAGGAGCUGUUGGAUGUCAUCAUCGCAGACCUUGAUGGCGGCACAAUAAAAAUCCCAGAGUGCAUCCACUUGUCUCUACUUCCUGAACCUCUUCUCAGCCAAACACAGGCGGCCUUGUCAUUGGUAUUGCAUCCUGAUCUGGAGAUUGCAGACAAUGCAUUCCCUCCGCCUCGCACUGCACCCUCCAACCUCAAGUUGUUGGACAAGGAGGUGAGGGCUGUCUUUCUCAGGCUGUUUGCACAACUCUUCCAGGGCUACAGGUCAUGCCUGCAGCUCAUUCGCAUCCAUUCCGAAACUGUGAUUCACUUUCACAAGACUGCCUUUCUAGGCCAGCGGGGCCUCAUUGAGAAUGAUUUCAUCACUAAAGUCUUGGAUGGCAUGGCCUUCGCUGGGUUUGUCUCUGAGCGUGGUCCGCCUUACCGAGCUUGUGAUCUCUUUGAUGAGCUGGUGGCCUUAGACAUUGACAAAUUUAGGGAAGAAGAUCUCAACCCUGUGAAGCUGCAGAGACGCAUCAGGGAACUCUCCGAACAGCUAUACAGAAAUGAGAUUCCAAACCCACACUUGACGUUCCAGAAAGUGCCCAGACCAUCAGAGGGAUCACACCUCCGAGUGCACCAAGUACCCUUCCCCCUGUUGUGUGACGACCAAGUGGAGAAGCUACUGCAGGAGGGUCUGGCCAAACACACCAAUGUCCCUUCAUUAACACGGCUGGAGAAGAAGUGUGUUGUACCUGCUGGUCCUCCUGUUGUGUCCAUUAUAGGAAAGACUGGCUCUGUGUUUAACAGUGCUCGCAGGCUUGAAGUAGUCAAGAGCUGCAUAGCCUUCAUCUUUGAAAACAAGAUCCUCGAGACGGAAAAGACUCUUCCUGCUGCUCUGCGGGCACUCAAAGGCAAAGCAGCUCGCCAGUGUCUAACUGAGGAGCUAAGUCUUCAUGUUCAGCAAAAUCGGGCCAUACUGGACCACCAGCAGUUUGACUACAUCAUUCGGAUGAUGAAUUGUGCCCUGCAGGACUGUUCCAGCUCAGAAGAAUACACCGUGGCUUCUGCACUGCUGCCACUGUCAACAGCUUUUUACAGAAAAUUGGUUGCUGGGGUGAACCAGUUUGCCUACACCUGCAUCCAGGACCACCCCAUUUGGACCAACCAGCAGUUUUGGGAGGCCACUUUCUACGGCGAGGUCCAGAGCCAGAUCAGAGCCUUGUACCUCAACAGCCCGGAGGAGAAGUGGGGCAUCAGUGUCAGGCUGAAGGAUGUGGGCACAGUGCCCGGAAAAGACGAGGAGCAGACAGCGAUGGAUCUGGCCGCCGUGCAGCUGCGCUUGUGGCCAAGCCUGAGCAAAGAGAAGCAGCAGGAACUGGUGAAGAACGAGGAGAGUACCAUUUUCAGCCAGGCCAUCCAUUAUGCCAGCCUCAUGGUAUACUUGCUGGUUCCUUUGGACACCAGCAAGAACAAGCUGCUUCGCAACACGCCCGCAGCCGACUGGGAGAGUGGAAGCAACAGCAUCGUCACCAACAGCAUCGCUGGCAGUGUCGCUGAGAGCUUCGACACAGAAAGCGGCUUUGAGGAUUCGGAGAACAGCGACGUGGCCCAUUCAGUGGUCAGAUUUGUGGCUCGCUUCAUCGACAAGGUGUGCACUGAGAGCGGAGUAACCCAAGAACACAUCAAGAACCUCCACAGCAUGAUCCCUGGCGUCGUCGCCAUGCAGAUGGAGGCUCUCGAGGCAGUUCACAGGGAGAGCAGGAGGUUACCGCCCAUUCAAAAGCCUAAAAUUCUACGUCCAGCACUGCUUCCUGGGGAGGAAUUUGUGACCGAGGGGCUGAGGGUGCUUUUGGAUCCUGAUGGCAGGGAAGAAGCUACCGGGGGCCUGCUGGGGGGCCCACACAUCCUGCCAGCAGAGGGAGCACUCUUCCUCACCACGUACCGCAUCAUCUUCAAAGGCAUCCCCCAUGACCCCCUGGUGGGGGAGCAGGCAGUGAUCAGAGCCUUCCCAGUGUCCACCUUAACUAAGGAGAAAAAGAUCAGCAUCCAGAACCAACUGCAGCAGAACAUGCAGGAGGGUCUCCAGCUACGCUCUGCAUCCUGUCAGUUGAUAAAGGUGGCUUUCGACGAAGAGGUGAACUCUGAAAUGGUGGAGAUGUUCAGGAAGCACAUACAGCGAAUCCGCUACCCACAGUCCAUCUUCAGCUCCUUUGCAUUUGCCGCAGGGCAAACUCAACCUCAGCUUAUCCUUCCAAAGCAAAAAGAGAGGAACACUGGCUUUAGAACGCUAUCCAAGACUAUUGUCAAAGGAGCUAAAAGAGCCAGCAAGAUCACAAUGGGCCGUGGUAGCGUGACCUCACUGAAAAGGAAUGACAGAGGCAGCAGAAUGACCUGGCCUGAAGAUGAUGACAUAUCAAUAUCAGAUGAUGGGGAGCCACCACCUUGCAGCACUUUGAGAUCGUCCGAGAAGUCCACCAUGGAGCAGCUGGUGGAGCAGUCUUGUUUCCGUGACUACCAGCGGAUGGGCUUUGGUACGAUCACGGCCAGCUCAUCUCGCUCCAAGUCGGGCGACCAGUUUCGGAUCACGGCUGUGAAUAGGCUUUAUUCUCUUUGUCGCAGUUAUCCGGGUCUGCUGGUGGUUCCCCUGGCUAUACAAGACAGCAGUUUACACAAAGUGGCACGAUGCUACCGGCACAACCGUCUGCCUGUUGUGUGUUGGAAACAUGCUCGCACCAAAGCUGUGCUGCUGCGCUCAGGAGGCUUCCAUGGCAAAAGUGUGGUGGGAUUGUUCAAGUCACAGAACCCUUCUUCAACAGCACCUGCAUCGUCCUCCGAGUCAUCCAGUAGCCUUGAACAAGAGAAGUACCUGCAAGCCAUCCUCGACUCCAUACCCAUUUACUUCAAGAUGAAUGGCCAUAGCACCCUCUCUAACCGCUCGAUCAUAGGCCUCUCACCAGGGAGCGAAAGGAGAACAUCCAGAAUACCAAAGAUGGCUCCCGUCCAUUUAGACAUCCCAUUUUCAAAUAGCUUUACCAGAGGAGUGCUUGAGUACAGAGAUAAACUAUUCACUCACUCAAACCCAAAACCUACCAAUCAGGAGAGAAUCCACAACCAAGGCAUGUGGGCCAGCCUGCGCUCCAGCAGCAGGCUGAGCCAGCACCCAUCCACAGUAAGCGUGGGCGCCAGACUCGCAGGGAAAGAUUUGGCACCCCCUGCAGGGAGUAACAGCCUACAGGCCCAGCUACUCAAACAGCAAGCUGCCUUCUAUGUGUUUGGUGAAAAGUCACAUUUGAAGGGCCUCAGAGUGGACACCUCUCUGAACUGUGAACUGGUACCGGUGGACUUCUCAGACAUGCGGCAAGUGAAGAGCUCCUUUAAGAAGCUGCUGAGGGCUUGCGCUCCCAGUGCCAACUCCUCCGACUCCGAAGACUCCUUCCUCAAAGCUUUGGAAGACUCGGAAUGGAUCCUGCAGCUUCACAAGAUCCUGCAGCUGGCUCUCUUUUUGGUGGAGCUCCUGGACAGCGGCUCAUCUGUUCUGCUCAGUCUGGAGGACGGCUGGGACAUCACCACACAAGUGGUGUCUUUAGUGCAGCUCCUGAGUGACCCUUUCUACCGCACUCUGGAGGGCUUUCACGUGCUGUUGGAGAAAGAGUGGCUCUCCUUCGGCCACAAGUUUAGCCAACGAAGCAACCUGAGUCCCAGCAGUCAGGGCAGCGGCUUUACACCCAUCUUUCUGCAAUUCUUGGACUGUGUGCACCAGAUUUUGAUGCAGCAUCCUGUGGAGUUUGAGUUCAAUCAGUACUAUCUCAAGUUCCUGGCCUAUCAUCACAUCUCCAACCGCUUCAAGAACUUCCUGUUGGACUCAGACUACGAGCGCUUGGAACAUGGCCUGUUAUUUGACGAUAAGGGUGACAAGCAGGCGAGGAAAGGCAUCUGCAUCUGGGAGUGCAUCAACAGGAUCCAUCGGCGGAGUCCGAUCUUCUUCAACUAUCUGUACAACGCAUCAGAGAGCGAAACCAUUCUCAAACCAUCGGUUGCCAUCCCCAACCUGAAGACGUGGGACUUCUUUACCGACGAGACGCUGUCGACGGGACCGUGUUACGACUGGCGACUGAUGGCGGCGAGGCCAGACAGCUCUGAGGAGCCCCAGACCAUCUCCAGCAGCAAGAGGAGAAUCGUGUGGCCUUGCUACAGCAGCGUGAGCCGCGCUCAGCCCGAUGCCAUCACCAAGCUGCUCGCUGACAUUGAGAAGCUGGAGGGAGAGAUGAACCAGACCCCCGAGAGAUGGCAAACCAUUCUGGACCGAGUCCUCAUUAGUAUCCAGGAAGACCUCAAGCAAGAACUCUGCAAGCAGUCUCUGUCCAUUUCCGGCCUCAUUCCCACAACCAGCCUGCAGGCUCUCCAGCGGCGCUCCAUGCUGCACCUGCCAGACAGCAGCCUGGUGGAGGACCGCGGCACGGCCACGUCCAAUGGGAUCAACCGGCGCGCCGCGACACUUUACAACCAGUUCACCCCCAAGAGCGAGGAGAACAGGUCAUACGAGGGUGUCCUGUACAAACGAGGAGCCCUGCUCAAAGGUUGGAAGCCUCGUUGGUUCGUGCUAGACAUUACCAAGCACCAGAUGAGGUACUACGACACCGGCGAGGACACCAAUUGUCGAGGUCACAUCGAGCUGGCAGAGGUGGAGUCGGUGCUCAUCGCCGCGCCGACCACCGGCGCCCCCAAACACAUCAGUGAAAAGGCUUUCUUUGACUUGAAGACCAGCAAAAGAGUGUAUAACUUCUGUGCGUCAGACGCAGCCAGUGCUCAGCUGUGGAUGGACAAAAUCCAGAACUGCAUCUCUGACGCCUGAAGCACGCCGCCGGGAGGUCGAGCGAGGUUAUCCGUGCCGCGCCGUGUGGGCCGGAGGGGGAGACAGCUCGUCAUCCCCCCCUUUCCGACAUUUUCUUUUUUAGGGACCACAGCUGCCAUUACAGCUCUCUGUGGAGCAGGAGGUAGGACCACUUCAAAGCAAUAAGGCUUGCUGGCCGUCCCAACUGGGCGCCAUUUUGUAACGGAGAAGAAGUUAUAUUUUACUACCAGGAGAAGUUACUGCUGCUCCGUGUUUAUUGCACAACA